CUCAGUCCCUGCCCUCUGCCUAUUUAUCCAGUCAUUCUCUCUCCAAGCCCGUUGUGGCCGCCUUUCUGGCUCUGUGGAACAGCCGCUCUUCCUGCUGUAGAGGCGGGGCCCAGUGUAGCUUGCAGCCUCCCUCCAGCAGCCGCACAGCCCUCUGCCCCCUGAGAUAAUGAGCAGGGAAGAAGGAGCGGCAGGGCGGAGCCUGAAGGCAUGGUUGCAGGACAAGUACUGUGAUCACCCAUUGGAGCAAUGCCAGGAUACACGUUUGCACAAUGCAGCCUGUGUGGGGGAUAUUGACACGCUAAGGAGCCUUCUGCAAGAUGAGAGGUUUCUAAGGGGUAUAGAUGAGCGAGCUGUGUGGUGUAGCGGUUGGCUACCCUGUUCUCCAUUGCGCAUUGCAGCCACGGCCGGACAUGCUGAUUGUGUGGAGCUCCUCAUCCGCUCUGGGGCACAGCUGGAGCUGGUAGAUGUGAAGGGACAGACCCCUCUCUAUGUGGCUGCAGAAAAUGGACACCUGGAAUGUGUAAAAGUUCUGCUAAGGGCUGGGGCAGACCCAAAUGGCAGUCCUCACAAUAGAAGCUCCCCCAUAUACCAUGCUGCACGCGUGGGCCGGGCCGACAUACUGCAAGAGUUGAUCAAGUAUGGUGCUGAUGUCGAUGUGGAUCACCAGCUGUCUUUUCGUGGUUCUGACUCUUCCCCUCGAUUGCUGACUUCUCUGGCCUCCUGCCCACUCUAUAUUAGUGCAGCGUAUCACAAUCUAGCCUGCUUCCACCUGUUACUCCAGGCUGGUGCCAACCCUGACUAUAACUAUUGGGGAAAGGUGUCAGAGGAGAACUUUCCACGAGGGGCACCUUGUUGCUUACUAGAGGCAGUUCUGCGGCAUGGAUGUGAUCAGCAAUUUGUGCAACUUCUUAUUGACUUUGGGGCAAAUCUGAAACUUGUGCGGGGGGAGCCAUGUGCAGAGGAACAUCCAAGGAUAAGUGUGAACACCGCUGCGCUUGAGCUUUUUAAAGAAGCAAAAGGUUAUCCGCGCGCUCUUGCCAGCCUGUGUCGUAUCAUAGUUAGGAGAGCACUUGGAAAACAGAGAUUGUCUUCUGCCUGCAAACUCCCCGUUCCACCACGAGUGCUGUCCUUCCUCCUCCAUGAACUGCCUUAACUUCCCUCACUGUAUUACAGUCAGGUUGCACAAAGUGCAGCUAGAUACCAAAGGGACAGAAAGAGGAGUCUUCCACAAUCAUCUGAACCUGCAUUUCAUGUUUCCUUGUUGCGACUGUGAAUUAUGUAUUUCAACUGACAAACCUGAGAUCCAUACAUGAAUGUCUAUAAUGCUCAUGUCAUAGGACAAGGUAAGCGGGACUGGGUGUCCCUGCCAUGCCAGAGCUCCUAAAUGGACACUCACUCAAACAGAUCUUUGUUGGAGGAGUAAUGUUGCUUAUCCAGUUAUAUAAUGUAGAAAGCAGAACUGGACUGGCAAUCUGGGGAUUCUGGUAAAUGCCAGAGGGGCUACUGUAAGAUGCCAUAGACAGUCACUAUUUGGCCCUCUGUACUUGAAAUGUCAGGGCCUAUUUAGUGUCCCAGUCCAGACCCGGUAGAAAGGGUCGAUCAGAGCUUGUUUACAUUAAUUUCCUAAACAUGGGAAUUUGCAGGGGGAGUCACAUUAUGGCUUUUUGUACUGUUUUAUUCUAGUAUUUUGUUCGCCAUGGGUAGAACGGAGAUUGGUGCACAGAGGCCCAGAAACUCUGGCUAAUUUAGAUCUAAAUAUGUCUUGUUUUCUUGUUCAUUUUCUCUGGAAUUGGGACCCCCACUAAAUUUUAUUGCAAAAAAAUGCACAAAGAUGUGAUACGGAGCCAUGGAGAAGAGGAACAUACUGGUGCUAGAGAAUGGGUAAAAAUACAUAUGAAUAAUAGUUGCCACUUGCUUGCUUCAGUUAAGGUAUUUUUAUAGUCUUGAAAAGAACAGAGACAUCUUCCCAUAGCUGUACAAGCAUCUGUUUAUGGAAGAUUCCUCAGAUGAAAUAAGCACCAGGGCCUCUCUUGUGCAAUAGGGAUCUGCAGCUGGGUGCAGGAAAGAACUAAAGUGUUAAUGCAGAUGCUGGUUAUCACGGGGGCAACUAAUCUCUCCGUGUGCCACUGCCCUUAAAAGGAACAAACAUUGAGCUUAUGGAUAUUUAGUGGGUGAAAGAUGCAUUACUGCCAAUGACCUGUGCUGCUGCAACUGAAUGUGUGUGCAUCACAGCUGCCAAUGCCAUGUAUCUGGGGAUCCCCAAUAACACUAAGGCCUUUAUUAUUGCUGUUGUCAAAUAUUUAUUUUGGCUGCUGACAUUUGGUUACAGCCCCGGCCUGCACCAAUAAAAAGAACAUUAAUACUCAAACACUU